AUGAAAAAUUUGAGUCAACUAGAAUUAACGUCUCGUUGGCCAAAAAAUCAUCCAAUGUUCGAUACAAGAAUCAAUAUGUAUCCAAUUGGAAAUUUGAAAAAUCUCUGGUGUUUAAGAAUUGAUUGUGACUAUGGUGUUAAAGAUGAAUUUUUGAUUAAUCUUUGUAACAAUGCUAAAAAAUUAGCGCUUUUAACUGUAACUGGCACAAAUAUAAGUGAUAUUGAAUUAGAAACGCUGAAUAUAUCAAAUUGCAUUAAUGUUACUGAUAAAUCAGUACUAUUGUAUUAUCUGAUUGGAACAUAUAAACGGCCCAUUGUAUCACUGAUAAAUGGACUUGCGAUGGGAGCUUCAAUGGGAAUAUUUUUUCAUGGAAAAUAUAGUGUAGCAACUGAGACAACUCAAUGUGGAGUACCAGAAGUAUUAGUUGGACUUAUUCCAGGUUUUGGUGCGAGUCAUUUGUUUCAAAAAAAAUUGGAAGGUCAGCUUGGAUUGUAUUUAAGUCUUACUGGUCGUAGUUUGAAAGGUGUUGAUGUCAAACUUACUGGUAUUGCAACGCAUUACGUGUCAUCAUCGAAACUGCCAGAAGUUACUAAAGCUUUACUUGCACCUGGUGAUGGAGAUGUCAAAAAAAUUCUUGAUGAAUACGAUGAACAAGAUCCUCAUGCAGAAUCAUGUUUGUCUAAGUAUACAAAACAGUUGGAUGAAUGUUUUUCUGGUGAUAGUGUUGAAGAUAUUAUUCAAAGACUAAAGAAUGAUGAUAGUGAAUGGUCUCAAGGUGUAUUGAAACUCCUAGAUAAAAUAUCUCCAACAUCUCUUAAAGUAGCAAAAAAAGCUUUCGAAAAAGAAAAAGAACUUGGCUUAGUUGAAAGUUUAAAAAUGGAAUUUAUUGUCGCACAAAAUAUGAUGAUUAAAAAAUCAGAUUUUGAAGAAGGUGUACGUGCUCAGAUAAUUGAUAAAGAUUACAAGCCAAGCUGGAAUCCACCAACACUUGAUCAAGUCACAGAUAAAUAUGUAGAGAAUUGUCGAAAUUAA